GGUGAAGUCCAAACAGCUUCAGACUUCCCGCUCCUCUGACUUCCUCUUUAUAAAUCUGAUUAAAACAUAAACCCGGCUGAGGUUCAAGGAAGAGACGCAAUGGACCUGAAGGCGUUGGAGACGAAGUGGAGGACGGCGCUGAGCUCCAUCCUGGACGAGCUGACGGAGAACGAGUUCCGGAAACUUCUGUUUAACCUGGAGAAGAUCCCUCAGGGGAAGAAGGAGGGGCGGCCGCGGGGCGACAUGCCCAGCGUCAUCAUCCAGUACUACAGCACCGAGAUAUCCAUCGCACUCAUCGACAAGCUGAUGAAGAACCUGCCCAGGCUGGACGCCGCCGUGCAGCAGCCGCUCAGAGGCAUCAAGGACGAGCUGAAGAAACUCCAGGAGAAAAGCAAAGCGACAACAAGCAAACAAAGUGACCCAGGAGCAGCGACUAUGAAGAAGAAACCUGCAGCUGCGGCGACGAGCAAACAAACGAAUGGAUCAGGAGCAGUGACUGAGAAGAAGAAACCUGCAGCUGCGGCGACGAGCAAACAAACGAAUGGAUCAGGAGCAGCGCCUAACAAGAAGAAACCUGCAGCUGGGACCAAAGCUGCAGCUGACUCAGGAGCAGCGCCUAAGAAGAAGAAACCUGCAGCUGCGGCGACGAGCAAACAAACGAAUGGAUCAGGAGCAGCGCCUAAGAAGAAGAAACCUGCAGCUGGGACCAAAGCUGCAUCUGACUCAGGAGCAGCGCCUAAGAAGAAGAAACCUGCAGCUGGGACCAAAGCUGCAGCUGACUCAGGAGCAGCGCCUAAGAAGAAGAAACCUGCAGCUGAGGUUUCCGGCGGCAGUGGUGAAACCCAGAUCAUGGGUCGAGACUCAACCCCGAACCCAGCCUGGUUCCUCCCAAAAGCAAAGUCUUUGGUGUUUUGUUCAGAAGCUUCCAGUCGGAGCUGUGGAGCCUCAACCGAAGGAACCAGCCGGAGCCACACUGAAGCCAAAGGUUCAAAGUGUCGGCAUCCGGAAAGUGACCCUCAAGAUUAGAGGGAUCAAGGAAGCCACGCUGAAGGAGACUCACCUGGAGGUGGAUUUAGACACAAAGCUGCUCACGCUCGUCGUGGCGUCUCGACUUCUGGCGAACACGCUCGACUUCCAGCUGAAGACAGGCUUUGGUGAUGAUCUCCUUAAGGCUGGCGUCACACUGUCCCGAAAUUGACACCAGAUGGACACACGAAUAUGGAAUUGUGAAUUUUGCACGAAGAUGGCCCCGAACUUGGUCAACAGCCAAGCAACAGCCAAAGCAAGUACGAUGCCUAGAGAAGGCCACACGAUGGCAACACGAAGAUGUGCAUUUUUAUAGUAGUCUAUACCCGCAGGACACACGAAGGCUCUUCGGGGGGUGCUAAUAUUUAAACAUACACUUUAUUCUUUACUUUCUCCGUCUUUAUAUGUAGAAGAUAUUACUUUUCUCCGUCAUGUUGUUUCCAUAGCAACAACAACUUCCUGUCAACAGCGUAAACUCGCCUUCAAAAUAAAAGCAUCUAAAUAAAACAGGAAGUUAACCUAAAUUACAUUUAAGACAUACAA